UUGCGACGCAGCGUCGUAAAAAGCGAGGUCGCGGUCAGAGGCGGUCGGAUAAAGUCUUGGUCUCUUGCCCGCUCCGCCGCUUUCGGAGGCGAUGAGCCGCGGUGUUCGGGCACACGGCGCGACGGGAAAGUGUCUUUCCGCGCGGGCUGUCGCCGUCGCAGCUCUGCCCAUGAAGCCCCCGGGAGCGCUGCGGCUUCGGCCCCAUGUUGCGGGUGGCGCGAGGCGGCAGGCCCGUGCGGGCAGCCGCCGUAAAGCGCGGGCCAUGUCGGGGCAGCCGGUAACCGCGGAGCCGCCGGUCUUCGAGAAGCGGCUGCUGGUGACGGGCGGCGCGGGGUUCAUUGCUUCACAUGUAGUUGUCUCUCUUGUGAAAAACUAUCCGAACUAUCUGAUCAUAAAUCUAGAUAAGCUCGACUACUGUGCAAGCCUGAAGAAUCUUGAAACUGUCUCUGAGAAGGAAAACUACAAGUUUAUCCAGGGAGAUAUUUGUGAACCUGAUUUUAUAAAACAGCUCUUUGAAACUGAGAAAAUAGAUAUAGUCCUUCAUUUUGCAGCCCAAACCCAUGUAGAUCUUUCAUUUUGGCAUGCCCUGGAAUUCACGUAUGUAAAUGUUUAUGGCACUAAUGUGCUGGUUGCAGCUGCGCAUGAAGCCAAUGUGGAGAAGUUUGUCUAUGUUAGUACAGAUGAAGUGUAUGGAGGUAGCACUGAUAAGGAGUUUGAUGAAUCCUCACCAAAACGUCCAACAAAUCCCUAUGCCUCCUCUAAAGCAGCUGCAGAGUGUUUUGUUCAGUCUUACUGGGAAAGGUACCAAUUCCCAGUUGUUAUCACACGGAGCAGUAAUGUUUAUGGACCACACCAAUAUCCAGAAAAAGUUAUUCCAAAGUUUAUAUCUUUGUUGCAGCAGAACAGAAAAUGCUGUAUUCAUGGUUCUGGACUUCAAAGAAGGAAUUUCCUGUAUGCAACUGAUGUGGUAGAAGCAUUCCUUACUGUCCUGAAGGAGGGGAAGCCAGGUGAAAUUUACAACAUUGGAACUAACUUUGAGAUGUCCAUUGCCCAGCUUGCUAAGGAGUUAAUCCAUUUAAUAAAAAAGACCAGUUCGGAAUCUGAAAUGGAGCACUGGAUGGAUUAUGUCAAAGACAGACCUACCAAUGACCUGAGAUAUCCAAUGAAUUCGGAAAAAAUGCACAGCUUAGGAUGGACACCUAAAGUGCCUUGGAAAGAAGGAAUAAGGAAAACAAUUGAAUGGUACAAAGAAAACUUUCACAACUGGAAAAACUCAGAGAAAGCUUUGGAGCCCUUUCCUGUGACUGAGCCAUUUGCACAGCUCAGUGGUCCAUAGGAUGGCAGAGAACCUGAAGGAAUUUGUUCUACCUCAAUUGCCUUUUCUUCGAAGCCUGCAAUCAAGUAGCCACAGUGAACUCUUAAUGUAAUAAAGAUAUGUGAAACAUGAUGAAUACAGUAUGAAAUGCAGAUGAAAACUGCAGUAUGGCAGAACUUUAGAAGGGUUUCAGCACUUUAUAAGUUGAACAUGUUAAUUUCAGCUUCUGGUGCAAUACUAAAUUCUCACCAGGUAUUGAUUUUAAAGAACUGUACAGGGUGAAGAAUAUUUAUAAUGCUAUAAAUUAGUGUAACAAGUAAAAUCCGCCUUAUUAAGAAUAAUUAUGAUUACAGUUUUGGGGACUUUAAAUAAAAUUUGUUUUAGUUCUGGAAUCAUUCAUCUGUAUUUGUUUUUUACAGUGCAAUGUAUUAUUUUGUCACUUUAAAGAGUUGCAUUUUAUUUUUAAUGAAGGGGAAAAAUGUGCCAUUUUCUGGACAAUGUAAAUGAGUUGAUAGAAGCUAGAUAUGGCACCCAUGUGGCUCAGUGCUUUUCCUGUCGGUUUAGUAUUACCUUCUGUAAAUAACAGUUUAAUCAGUUAUCUGUUCUCUAACUUGACAUGACCUUUUUUUAAGGGGGGCUGGGGUGUAAUGUGUCAAACAGUAGCAGGUGGUCUCACUGAAAUUUCCAGAAGCAUUUUCUUAAACUUUUGCUCUGUUUUAGUCAUCUUUGUACUGUAUUAGUCUUUUAUGUGUUAAUUUCCUUUUUUAACUGUAUUUGUUACAAACUUGAAAUUCUGUAAUAGUUAACAUUCCAGUGAUGUUAUUUCCUGUGAUAUGAAGGCUGUUUAUGGAGAAAAAUUUUAAAUGCUUUUCCUGUGAAUUGUGGCCUGGCAGACAAUGCAGUAUUUCACUUUUUUUUUGACAAACAUUUUAAAGAUGAAAUUAUACUUGGGUUUUAAUAUAAAGUUUGGAAGGAAACUUCAUUUCUAGGAAUAUGUCCAUCUUUUUCAGAGUUGAUUUAGUAAUAAAAGUUAUAUUGUAACUCAUUUCUCUUAAGUAAACACAUGGAAAAAGUAGAUGAUGGGGUUUUGUUAAUUUUAUUUUGUCCUGUAUCCUGAAAAAAUUAUCAUUGCUUUUUUUUGGAUUUGAGGUGGCAGAGAGAAGGGAUGGCUGUUUUUUAGCUUCUGUACUUGGCCAUUCCACACCCUUUUUUUGCUUCUGGCUUUGCAGGAGCAUAGGACUAGGAUGCUACAGUGCACUCAGAAAUUGCUGUGGCUUCUGAAGUCUCCCAGAAACUGGGAGUUAACUCUGAAAGUGGAAGUAUGUGCAGAAGUCUUUUCCUUACCACCUGAAGUGCAGGAGAAGAAUGGAGCGUAGGGUUUUUGCCCUAGCUGUGCCCCUGCUAGAUAAAACUUUAAUAGUAUUGACCUAGAUAACUUACAGCUAAUACUGCCUUUGGACCUACAGUGCUCCCAACUUCAUUACACCUCUUGUGUGUUGUAUGGUGCUGUUGAUAAAAUUCCACUUUUGACUGAUAAGAGUAAUUUUAAAAGAAGGCUAAACAGUAAGCUUAUAGGCUUACCUUGGCACCAAGCGUGUGUUCUAAAGUCUAGGAGUGUGUUACUGAAUAUGAGUUUUCUGUGAGAAAGUGGGAUAAUAUUACACUAGAAUUGUGUUGCACUUGUUUUUUGGGUUUCUAAUACUUGGUUUGAUAGUAAAAACCUCCAUUUGGGAAGGGCAGAGGUUACAGGACUUGGUGUGUACUGGUCUUAGAAUACCUGGUUUACCAGCUACUUAAAAACCAUAAGCUUCUACUCAUGAUUCACUUCAAUUUCACUGUCACAUACACUUAAGUUCUUUAAAUAACCAUAAAAUGCUAAUAUGUUUCAACUGUCAGUAAGAGGAACCUUCAUACAAAAAGUACAAAUUUUGUUAGAGAAAAAAGUGGCUGUUUUAUUAAAUGUACUAUACAUGAGA